AUGAACAGGAAAGACAGCAAGAGGAAGUCCCACCAGGAAUGCUUGGGGGUGACAGGGGCGAGGGCCCGGCCCCGACAGGCCCGCCGUCACAAGACGUGCCCCAGCCCCGGAGAAAUCAGCAAGGUUAUGGCUUCCAUGGCGCUGGGCGUAUUGAGCAAUGGUGGCUGCAGUGAAGAGGAGCUCAUAGAGAAGUGUAUCCAGUCCUUCGACUCAGCUGGCAGCCUUCGCCAUGGGGACCACAUUCUCAACAUGGUGUUGGCCAUGCAUAGCUGGGUGCUGCCUUCUGCCCACUUGGCUGCCCGUCUGCUGACCUUAUAUCCUCCUGGGUACCAGGAGGCUACAGGGAGCACGCAGGAACGGCGGCGGCUGCAGAUUUGUCACCUGGUCAGGUACUGGCUGACCCAGCACCCUAAGGUAGUACACCAAGAACCCCAACUAGAAGAGGUUAUAGGUCGCUUCUGGGCCACCGUGGAUAAGGAGGGAGACUCAGCCCAGAGGAGCCUGGGGGGCUCCUCCAAUCUCCUGAGCCCUGGUCCUCCACCCCCCAUGAGCAGCCCAGGCCUGGGCAAGAAGCGCAAAGUAUCCUUGCUUUUCGAUCACCUGGAGACGGUGGAGCUGGCUCAGCAUCUCACUUACCUCGAGUUCCGGUCUUUCCAAGCUAUAACGCCCCAGGACCUGCGGAGCUACGUUUUGCAGGGUUCUGUGAGGGGUUGCCCGGCUCUGGAGGGUUCCGUAGGCCUCAGCAACAGUGUGUCCCGUUGGGUGCAGGUCAUGGUGCUGAGUCGGCCCGGGCCCGCGCAGCGCGCGCAGGUGCUGGACAAGUUCAUCCACGUGGCACAGAAGCUCCGGCAACUGCAGAAUUUCAACACGCUGAUGGCAGUCACCGGGGGUCUGUGUCAUAGUGCCAUCUCCAGACUCAAGGACUCCCAUGCCCACCUGAGUCCUGACAGCACCAAGGUCCUACUGGAGCUGGCCGAGCUCCUCUCUGCCCACAACAACUACGCCCGCUACCGGCGCACCUGGACCCACUGCACGGGCUUCCGGCUGCCUGUUCUGGGUGUGCACCUCAAGGACCUGGUGUCCCUGUAUGAGGCCCAUCCUGACAGGCUGUCUGAUGGCCGUCUGCACCUGCCCAAGCUCAACAACCUCUACUUGCGGCUGCAGGAGCUGGCUGCUCUCCAACGACAGCAUCCGCCCUGCAGCGCCAGCGAGGACCUACUGCAUCUGCUCACGCUCUCCUUGGAUCUCUUCUACACCGAGGACGAGAUCUACGAGCUUUCUUACGCCCGGGAGCCUCGUUGUCCCAAGAGUCUGCCCCCCUCCCCCUUCAAAGCACCCUUGGUGGUGGAGUGGGCCUCCGGUGUGACACCCAAGCCCGACAGGGUCACCCUGGGCCGGCACGUGGAGCAGCUGGUGGAGUCUGUGUUCAAGAAUUAUGACCCUGAAGGCCAAGGAACCAUCUCUCAGGAAGAUUUUGAGAGACUCUCUGGCAACUUCCCCUUUGCCUGCCAUGGGCUACACCCACCCCCCAGCCAGGGGCAUGGCUCCUUCAGCCGAGAGGAGCUGACGGGUUACCUCCUCCGGGCCAGCGCCAUCUGCUCCAAGCUGGGUCUGGCUUUCCUGCACACCUUCCAUGAGGUCACCUUCCGCAAGCCCACCUUCUGCAACAGCUGCAGUGGCUUUCUCUGGGGGGUAACCAAGCAAGGCUACCGCUGCCGGGACUGUGGGCUAUGUUGCCACAAACACUGCAGAGACCAGGUGAAUGUGGAGUGUAAGAAGAGGCUAGAGGUCAAGGGCGAUGUGAAUUUAGGAACUCCCAUCCCGCCCAUGCCAGCAUCCCAUGCCAGCUGUGGCUCUGAGGAAAAUCUCCCUGACACACUAUCCCGGGAAUCCGAGACUGAACCUCAUCUGUGCCAUGUUUGGACCCAGACGGAGGCCCCACCCCCUUCCUGGGAGCCAGAGAUGGAAGGAACAGAGGUGGUGCUGAAGAGCAAAGGACUUUGCCAGUCAGAGCAGCAGGAUCCUGUCAAGACUGAAGGGACAGAGACCCCCUCAUCCUCCUCCAACCUGAAUGCUCGUGACCAAGCCCCCCCAGAGACAUGUCCUACAGGUGUCACGGAUUAA